UUUCGACUCGUAUAACUUUCCUUACAUUGCACAUCUCACUUUUUGCCUAUAAAUACUAAGUAUUAACAGUGCACAAGAUGGUGAUAGUAAAGUGGAGAGCACUUCACACUCUGAUUAGGAGUAACAGUCUGCUGUACAGGAAAGUAGAGUGUGUAAACUGGGAAUACAAUGUUUCUACGUUUGGUGCACCUUUGUGUCAUUUUGACUCUGUGCAGUGUGAGCUCUGGCUUCAGCUGCCGAUGGAUCAAUCUUAGAUUCAAGCAGCACCAUGCAACAUGUUUAGCACUGCUUAGAGAAAUGGGAGAGGAAAUCAGCGUCAAUGCCUCCAUCCCGGAUAACUGGCAUCACUGGUUCUUUAACCAAAGCUAUUCUCAGCCAGAGAAACAGAUCUGGUUCAUCGUUCAGACUCUGGAUGAGGUCUCUCGUUUAUUGGAAGAUUCAGACUCUGUCUCCUGGAACAAGGACAAGCUGGAAACUUUCUUACAUAUGCUGGAUCUGCAGGCCAACGGACUACGCUCAUGUCUUGAGCACAAAAUGAAAAAGAACAAAAGAUUGCCCUUAUACUUCAAACAACUAAGAGAUCUCACCAAGAACGACAAGCAGGAGAAGAACGAGGCAUGGGAGUGGAUCAGAAAAGAGCUGCUUCAACUCUUCGGGCUGUUGGACUUUUUCCCUGCUGUCUCUGUGAAUCGUGCUGAAAAUGACAACUAAUAAUCAGUUGAAAUCUUGCAGUGGUGACCAGUAGCUUGUGAGUUCAAAUCCCAGAACCACAAUAGAAAAGCUGUUGGCUGUUGUGAAAGACUGUUAAAGGGGUCAAGUUGUAUUAAUUAUUCAGUUUUGCUCUAUUCAUAGUACGCAAAAUUAGCAGUGUAUUUCUGUUUCAUCCCACAUUUUCAACUGUUACAUGAUGUUUACUCAUGGUAUUUAUUUAAUUUGAAUGAAAUCUGUUAUUUAAAAA